GCUCGGUGGCAGCUCACACAAGCGACCUUCGUGUUUUUCAGCACGUGGCAUGCCUGGAUGUCCCUGCCCUGGCUGUGUCAUGGGGGGCUGCAGGCUCUUCUUCCUCACGGCUCUUACCCUGGAGCUCCUGGGAGGGGCUGGGGGUUCCCAGCUGGCCCCCCGGAGCCGGGGGGCUGCAGCGGCCUGUCGCCUGGACAACAAGGAAAGCGAGUCCUGGGGGGCCCUGCUGAGUGGGGAGAGGCUGGACACCUGGGUCUGCUCCCUCCUGGGGUCCCUCGUGGUGGGACUGAGCGGGGUCUUCCCACUGCUUGUCAUUCCCCUGGAGAUGGGGGCCACGCUGCGAUCAGAAGCUGGGGCACAGCGCCUGAAGCAGCUGCUCAGCUUUGCCCUGGGAGGGCUCUUGGGCAAUGUGUUCCUCCACCUGCUGCCUGAGGCAUGGGCCUACACCUGCAGCAACAGCCCAGGUGCUGAGGGCCAGAGCUUGCAGCAACAGCAGAAGCUGGGGCUGUGGGUCAUUGCUGGCUUCUUCACCUUCCUGACUUUGGAGAUGAUGUUCCUGGACAGGAAGGAGAAAGAAGACAGCAGCCAGCCCCCCAGCAAAGACCCGGGUGCUGCUGCCACACUCAAUGGAGGCAGCUCUCUGGUCUCGCCAGCCGCAGAGCCCGGCCUGAGCACCGUGGUCCGGAAUAUCCAAGUCAGCGGCUACCUCAACCUAUUGGCCAAUACCAUAGACAACUUCACGCAUGGGCUGGCUGUGGCCGCCAGCUUCCUUGUGAGCAAGAAGAUCGGGUUCCUGACCACCAUGGCUAUCCUCCUGCACGAGAUCCCCCAUGAGGUGGGCGACUUUGCCAUCCUGCUCCGUGCUGGCUUUGACCGAUGGAGUGCAGCCAAGUUGCAGCUCUCGACGGCGCUGGGAGGCAUGCUGGGGGCCUGCUUCGCCAUCUGCACCCAGUCUCCCAAGGGAGUAGAGGAGACGGUAGCCUGGGUCCUGCCUUUCACGUCGGGCGGCUUCCUUUACAUCGCCCUGGUCAAUGUACUCCCUGACCUCCUGGAAGAAGAUGACCCAUGGCACUCUCUGCAGCAAAUUCUCCUGCUGUGCUCGGGCAUCCUGGUUAUGGUGCUGUUCUCGCUCUUCGUGGACUAACCACAGCCCAGCCCCACACCCCAGCCCCUGCACAAUAGACUCUUCACCCUUUCGAGCGUGUGUGAGGCAGAGGGCGAGUGGCCGAGCGCGCUCUGGGAGCCCUGAGCAGGCAGGUGGCCGUGCCCAGGUUGGACAGGUUGGACCGACACUGUGAGCCCCGUGCGGAGCCCUCCCUGCUAUGCAGUCCACGGGGAGCAGAGCCCUUUCCCCCCGAGGAGAUCUUUUUCUCAACAGGAGCGCACAGGGAGGACCUGGGUUGUUGGGGCACCGCUGCCCAGGCACCGCAGUUCGGGCUCAUCAUCCCAGUCAUCCUUUCCAGCUCCAAGGCCAAAGCAAGGAGAGGCAGGUGCUGGUGGAGCCGCUUCACUCACAGCUGCCCGCAGCCAGAUCCUUGGCUCCUUACCUCCUCCCUGGCAGUGUGGCAACUUCUGCCACCUCCAGCUGCCAAACAGCAGCCUGCAGGGUAGAGGGCAGAGGUUGGCCAGAGGCUUCCCAGGCAGAGUAGGCUGGGGGCAGAGGGAGCCUACCAGGGUCCCUCUCCCUGCUCAGGCCCCAUCCAGUUCUGGGUACGGGGGUGGUGAGGACGCGACAUUGUCAGCUAUCAGGAAUGUGCUCUGGGAGAACACUGAAGCCAUAAUCCCCAGCUAUUUCCCUUGGCCGAGGCCCAAGGACUCAGCUGGCCUCUGAGUCCCGGCCCCUGCCGCCUGCCACGCACGUUCUGAAGGGGAAGGGCUGGGAAGCAGUUCUGUGGUUCCGUUUUAUCUGUAAAUACCUGUUCUAUAUAUAAGAUGCAAAUAAAUAUUAUAUACAGACUG